AUGCUUGAUGUCGUCAACGGCGAAGAACUUGGAUUCUUGGAAGAAGGUUACCGAACAAAAGCAAAAGAAUCACUGGCUAAAGGCAAAGGACUGAAAGAAGGAACUGUUGGGCGUAAAGCUCAAUUCAAUUUGAUCACAAGACGCCUAAAGUCGUUUCCGUGGGAUGCGUUGGUCUAUGGAAGCAUAACAGCGUUCUAUCUGAAUUUGGAAAAAUUAGGGAAACCGGAAAGAUGUGUCAUGUUAUGAGCAUCGAUGAGUAGGUUACCUGUAUGGGUUGGUUUAAUGUGCUUAUGACUGAAUUUAGAGUAGCCUGCAUGACAGGCUACUAUUUCUCCCCAAUCCACAUCCCCUUUUUGCUUCCUCCUUAUCCCCUACCCCUUUCGACACCUGCUACGCAAGCUAAAUUUAUAGUUGUCAGUGGUCGCAAGGAUGGAGUUGAUCUUGUUUUGAUCUAUCGCUAAGUAGUUAUUUUCAUAGCACGAUUUGGAUAAGAAAAAGAAGUUAUUUUGCAUCAAAACAAGGUUUACCCGUGCAACUUAAAUUGGAAUGUUAACGGAAACAAGUAAUGGAGAACAUGCGCAUCAUUAUGAUAAUUAUUAGCAUUAUGAUAAUGCUCUCUGAUUAACCUGAACAGGAACUAUAUGUAUAAAGAUACGUCAUAUCUUGGUAGUAAGUAGCCACAGGUAACUUUUUCAAAGAGAAAUAAACAUUGUAGUUUUAGGUUAAUGGAACAAAACAAAACAAAACAUCCGCUUCCUUUAUCCAGGGUGGAACCCAAAGUUACAAAGUUCGAUAAAGUUCCAAUGUUUCAAUCCAAGAUGAAAGUUUAAUAUUCCAAGAUGCUCUUGAUACGGUUAAAAAUUAAUUGCAAUGUGUUUCCAACGUCUCAAAGUUAACAUAGUUCCAAUGAUUAUCCCUGAUUCCAAGGUAUAAUAAGUUUUUUAAGGUCCUGAUCCGUGUCCCAUCCAGAAGUCCAAUCCAUGCCGAAAGCGAGUCGUCGAUCGAAGAAGACAAUAUGUUCGCGAUUUCACCGCCAAUCGUCAAGGGUACGAGUUGAAAUUUACGCGAUUUAACCUCCCAUCGUCAAGGUGUUUUCCAUGAGAAAAGAAAAAAACUGAACUCUAGCUGUGCUCGGCAAAAACUGGCGAACUCCGAAUAGAAAAAUCUAUCGGAAAUCAUAGCCCGCAACCAGACGCUACUAAAACCUUAUGAAAAAGCUAGACCUAAACAAAAAAAAAAAUCAUGAAGGGAAGAAAUAAUUUGGCUUAGGUCGCCUUUCGUGACUUACCAGUAUCCCGGAGGAUUUCGCUGGUUAUCAAGCCAUCCUAAACCACGAGUGGCAAAACGCAAGGGCGACAAAUUUGGCAAGGAACGUUCUGAUUUCAACGUUCUUUAGAGGAAGCAAAUCGAUUAAAAAUCUAUACAGAUUUUGUACAAUCUGAUUGGUCGGCUUGGAAGAAGAGAUAAUCGAUAAAGAUUUUAGGCAAUCCUAUUGGCUGGCUUUGCAAUUUUGGGUACAACCGAACCGGAUUUUUACCGUGGGAGUGCCACAGGCAUCCCACGGAACAAGAAACGGAGAGGGAAAAAAGAUGUAUAAUGAAGAGGACCUUGUAACGGUAGAGAUCAAGGACAAGCAAGAACAAGAAUGCGUGACGGAAGUAAGAAUAGAUGAUAACAAGGAUGGAAUCUACAACAUCAUUUAUUUUCCCAGCGUUCAAAGGACAAUAAAGUUAUUAGUUAGGGUAAACGGGGAACAUAUUGAUGGAACUCCUUUUACUGUGAUUGUAAACCCAUUUCAAGUCAAACCUGUUUUAUGUUUUGGAAAGAAAGGCUCGGGUGAAGGAAUGUUCAAUAAUCCUCUGGGGGUGGCAGUGACUGCUAAAGAUGAAGUAGUAGUAGCUGACAACCAAAACCAUCGGGUUCAAGUGUUUGACAGUGAUGGUACUUUCUUAAGAUCCUUCGGUCACGAAGGUGAAAAUGCUGGAGAGUUUAAGAAUCAUACAGGAAUUGCCAUUAAUAAGGAUAGAAAUAUUCUCGUGUCAGAGUAUUGUAACCACAGAGUACAGAUCUUUAGUUGGGAGGGGAGGCACCUGGGUUCAUUUGGUGGCAAAGGAAGCCUUGAUAGUCAGCUCCUUCAUCCUUGGGGUUUAUCCUUAGAUAGUACUGGUAAUAUUAUUGUUGCUGAUACAGGUAACAAACUGAUAAAGAUCUUUACCCCGGAUGGUAGGUUUGUAAUGAAGAUAGGUGGGCAGGGUUCUUUUAGUCUUCCUAUUUAUUGUGUUCAGUGUGGUGAAUAUUUCAUAGUGUCAGACUCAACUGAACACUGUAUCAAAGUAUUUAACAGGGAGGGGCAUUUUCAGUACAAGUUUGGUAAGAUCGGGGAAGGAAACGGGGAGUUAAAUUAUCCACGUUUUCUUUCAGUGAGUCAGUUAAAGCACCUGUUGGUUUGUGAUUGUUUUAAUCAUAGAAUACAAGUCUUUGAACUAGAUGGAAAGUUUGUAGGAAAAUUUGGUACAAAUGGCAGAAAAUUAGGAGAAUUUAAUCAGCCAUUCUCAGUAGCUAUUCUAAGUAAUGACCAAAUUGUGGUGUCUGAUCACAACAAUAAUCGAAUUCAAAUAUUUGAAUGA